AUGGAGAAGAAAAUUUACUAUGACUAUGGCAAGUCGUUCAGCAAAAGUGGCAAUUUAUCGAUGCAUCAGCGCACACAAACUGGCGAAAAACCACACACGUGCGAUGUAUACGACAAGUCGUUCUCUCUAAAUGGCAGUUUGACGGCACACAAACGAAAGCACACUGGAGAAAAACCAUACGUGUGCGAUGUAUGUGACAAGGCGUUCUCUUUAAGUGGCAAUUUGACGGAACACAAGCGAAUGCACACUGGAGAAAAACCGUACGCGUGCGAUGUAUGCGACAAAACGUUCUCUGUAAGUCGCAGUUUGACGGCACACAAGCAAAUACACACUGGACAAAAACCGUACGCGUGCAAUGUAUGCAACAAGGCGUUCUGUGUAAAAAGCAAUUUGACAUCACACAAGAGAAUUCACACUGGAGAAAAGCCGUACGUGUGCGAUGUAUGUGAAAAAGCGUUCUCUGUAAGUGGCAAUUUGUCGAGACACAAGCGGACGCACAUAGCACACUGA